AUGAAGUUUUGCCUUGGCUUUCCUCUCCUAGCUAUCGCCAAUGCCGUCCUGGCGGAGGAAUAUGUCCUGCACAAGGGAUGUCCUUCCACCGUGGGGAUGCUGGGGAAGCCUCUGAGGGACAUGGUACAGAACCUCACAUCUUACACAGUCCCUCGCAACUACGGCAGUGCCAGUCACCACGAAGUUCACCCCUUGGAGCCCGGCUCAGCUAAUAUUGUGGCUCGCCAUGGCACGAUCGUGUCACUUUUUGCCACGGGCAAACGGCGACUCUAUGCCGAUGCCAACGGUACCCUCUUACCCGACGCGGAGCAAGAGGACGCGACAAUCGAUACCAUCUACGACAUGGCGAGUCUGUCCAAGCUUUUCACGGCCGUAGCUGUUCUUCGUGAGAUCGAUGCCGGCCGUAUUGCCCUCAAUGCGACUGUGGUCACCUACCUGCCCGAGUUCGGUGCCAAUGGGAAAGAGGAUAUUACCAUCCUCGAUCUCUUGACGCACACAAGCGGGCUCAAGCCUGACCCAGUGCCGGAUCUAUGGUCAGGAAACUACACAUCCAUCGACCAGAAAGUUCACGCCCUUCUUACUCUGGCUCCACAAGCGCCCCGGCAAACCGAGUUUAUCUACUCAGAUAUCAACUUCAUGACACUUCGUUAUGUCCUGGAGAAGGUCACGGGUAGCACCCACGAUCGUUUGAUCUAUGCGUAUACCGUUCCGCUUGGAAUGACGUCAACGCAUUUCAACCGAGGAAAUGUCGAGGGCCCGCUCAACCCUUUUUACCACAGGACCGCGCCGACCGAGUUUGAAAUUGAGGUCCAGGGUCCCCUGGAGCCCAAGAGACCUCAGCCCGUGCGAGGCACCGUCCACGACGAGAAUGCAUGGGCUCUCGACGGCGUCUCCGGACAUGCGGGCCUCUUCUCAACUGUCGAGGACACGGCUAUCUUCUGCCAGAUGAUUCUCAACAACGGUACCUACAACGGCUUCAAGGUCCUGUCUAAAGAGGCUGUCGAUCUGAUCUUCACCGAUUUUAAUGCCAAGUUUCCCGGGAAUGACUACGGAACCGGAUUUGCCCUCAGCCAGUACUACACCCAGGGACCUAUGCAAAGUCUGCAGACGGCGAGCCACUCUGGUUUUACCGGAACAACUUUGGCGAUUGACAGGCCCUCUGGGACAUUCUGGCUGCAUUUUGCCAACCGUGUCCAUCCGAGCAGGGCUUGGUCGUCGAAUAACCUGGUGCGCGAGGCUAUGGGGUACUGGGUUGCCAAGAGUCUUGGCAGAGAUGUCGCCUUUCCGUGA